CUUUUUUAUUUGCUUUGAAUGAAAGAAUCUUAGCCACUGCUCGCGUCUGCGCAGUUGCACCGCCGGAAUUAUCAAUACGUUAAUCUAAUCGUGCCUUAAACACAGCCUGACAUUCCGCCUCGCCAUCCCACAUCGAACGGUUAGUUUCGCACCGAAGCCGCUCCCGCUCGCAUCGUAACCUAGAAAAAGUGACUUAACAAAAUGACUUCGACUCUACUGCCGGGGAACAUCGUGUAUGGCGGUCCUGUGACCGAACGGGAGGCCCAGGACUACAGAUCCCUGGGUCAGUACAUCCUGGACAAAUACAAGAGCUUCGGCGAACAGUCUGUGCUGGUGGAUGCCGUCAAUGGAGUGGAGUACUCGGCCAGCUUCAUGCACAAGUCCAUUGUCCGGCUGGCCUACAUCCUCCAGAAACUGGGUGUCAAGCAGAACGACGUCAUCGGUUUGUCCAGCGAGAACAGCGUCAACUUUGCCCUGGCCAUGUUCGCCGGCUUCGCAGUUGGAGCUACGGUGGCUCCUCUCAACGUGACCUACUCCGACCGCGAGGUAGACCACGCCAUCAACCUGUCCAAGCCCAAGAUUAUAUUCGCUUCCAAGAUCACCAUUGAUCGGGUUGCCAAGGCGGCGAGCAAGAACAAGUUCGUCAAAGGCAUCAUCUCCUUCGGCGGAAGUUCCAAGAAGUUUAAGAACAUUUACGCCCUUAAUGAAUUGAUGGACAACGAUAAGUUCAAGACGCAGCCGGAUUUCUUAAGCCCAGUGGCCAACAAGGAGCAAGAUGUGACCCUGAUUGUUUGCUCUUCGGGCACUACCGGACUGCCAAAGGGAGUUCAGUUGACCCAGAUGAAUCUGCUGGCCACCCUCGACUCCCAAAUCCAGCCAACCCAAAUACCCAUGGAGGAGGUCACACUGCUCACUGUCAUUCCCUGGUUCCACGCCUUUGGCUGCCUGACGCUGAUAACCACCGCCUGCCGGGGAGCCCGCCUCGUGUAUCUGCCCAAGUUCGAGGAGAACCUCUUCCUCGCGGCCAUCGAAAAGUAUCGUGUGAUGAUGGCCUUCAUGGUGCCACCGCUGAUGGUCUUCCUGGCCAAGCACCCAAUCGUGGACAAGUACGAUCUGUCCUCCCUGAUGGUCCUGCUGUGUGGAGCAGCCCCACUGAGUCGCGAGACCGAGGAUCAGAUCAAGGAGCGCAUCGGAGUGCCAUUUAUUCGGCAGGGCUACGGUCUUAGCGAGUCCACGCUGAGUGUGCUGGUGCAGAACGACGAGUUCUGCAAGCCCGGCAGUGUGGGUGUGCUCAAGGUGGGAAUCUACGCCAAAGUCAUCGAUCCCGAUACCGGCAAGCUCCUGGGAGCCAAAGAGCGGGGCGAGCUGUGCUUCAAGGGCGACGGCAUAAUGAAGGGCUACAUCGGAGACACCAAUUCCACGCAGACGGCCAUCAAGGACGGCUGGCUGCACACCGGCGACAUUGGCUACUACGAUGAAGAGUUUGAGUUCUUCAUUGUGGACCGCAUCAAGGAGCUGAUCAAGUACAAGGGCUACCAGGUGCCGCCCGCCGAGAUUGAGGCACUGCUGCUCACCAACGAAAAGAUAAAGGAUGCGGCAGUCAUUGGUAAGCCGGACGAGGAAGCUGGCGAGCUGCCGCUGGCGUUCGUGGUGAAGCAGGCCAAUGUCCAGCUGACCGAAAACGAAGUGAUCCAGUUUGUCAACGACAACGCCUCGCCCGCCAAACGACUAAGGGGUGGCGUGAUCUUCGUGGACGAAAUUCCAAAGAACCCCAGUGGCAAGAUCCUGCGUCGCAUCCUGCGCGACAUGCUCAAGAAGCCAAAAUCCAAGUUGUAAGGGGAUCGCUCCCCUUUUGGGUGUGUGUACAAACAAUUAACUAUGUGUAUGUUUUAUUAUUGCUAAACUUUGUUUUAUAAACUACCAACUGGUUGGGUUUCGAUUUA